AAAACGCCAAGAUAGCAUUUGGUGUUGUAUGGCUGUAGACGGUUGUGGUAUUAAUUACUAUUCCGUUUAUAACGCAACAUAUCGUCACAUUUCUUGGGACGUUACUAAGGAGCUCAAUCUUGUCGGAAACGUUUAAUUUCCAUAUAAAAUGAGCAGCUAUAUAAAUUUUACGAGGAGGUUGCUUGUAACUCCUAUAAUAAACUCCCUAAAUACAUCAACUAAAUCGGUUGAAGGGACUGUUCGACUUGUACCUCAUUUUAGAGCCAUUUUUGGCGCUGGCGCACGUAUAGCGCACAAUGGCAGAUGUAUCUCUACAUCAAAUGUUCUAUAUUCAAUCACGAAGGAGGCUGAAGGUCAUGAGAACUCCAAUAAAGAAAAGGGCAAGGUUGGGGCCACCGGGAAGGCUCGCAUUGAACACAUAUCCGAGACUUUUAAACCUGGAAAAUAUGGUGGAAGAGGUUUACCAAAUCCAGUAGGUCAGCCUGAUGAUUUGCCAUCCAUAGAAUUUGGCAAACCUACUGGUAUGUACAAUUUCAUAAGGCAUCAGCACGGAGACCCUCGUGGCCAUUUGGGCAAGGAUGGGCGAUAUCAACCAAGCUUCGAUAGUGAUGAGUUCCACUGGUUCGACGCUUAUACAAAUGUACCAAAGCAAAAGUUCAAGAUUGUAAAUGGAGAGAGCAUGGUUGUUGGUGUGGAAACUAGGCCCAUGGAAGAACUCUUUGGUUUGGAACAGACAAACAUUCCUUUUACUCCUAGGACUAGAAUGGGUGUUUGGGGAAACCAUAAGAUCAUCCUUGGAGCGGAGUUUUGCUUUUUUUGGUUACCGACCUUUAUCAUUUUCAGCUUGGCAAUCCCCUGUUACACAAUGUUGUACAUGAUGGACGAAUCUGUCUAUACCACAAUGACUGUGAAGGUUGUUGGCCAUCAGUGGUACUGGGUUUACGAAGUUGAAUCUCCUCCCCUUGAGGAAGAGGAAUAAACACCACUGUUGCC